AUGAUGGCGUCCUCGUCAGUGAUUCCAGCUUGGUUGAUUAAAGCAAAGUCAACCGUCACAAAAACAGGGAAACAAGAAAUGAAAGACACAAGUAAUUCAUUAAGUGCUUCCGCUUGCAACGGAGAAAGUGAAAGAGCAAAGGAACAAGAAAUGAAAGACAAAAGCACUCCUUCGAUUGCUUCCGAUUGCUACGAAAAAAGCGAAGGAGCCAAGGAACAAGAAAUGAAAGACACUAGUGCUCCUCUAGAUGCAUUCGAUGGCGAGAAAAAAAGCGAAGGAGCAUUAGCUCCUGAUUUAUCAGUAGAACAGAGACGGAAAAACAGACGCGUGGCACGAAGGCGUCAACAGAAACGAAGGAAACAAAGAAUUAAGGAAGAAAAGAACGAAAAUAAGGUGCGUAGGUUUGAAAAACUUGUCACGGAGCGGGCUUUAAAAAUGGAAGCCGAUCUUCUGGAAACUAUGGAAGCAGAGAGGAAAAACGCAGCGAAAUAUCUGUCACUUGCGCGGAAAUACUACGGCAUGUGGAAGGCAACUAACGAAGAACUUCAACUGUUUCGUCAACAUGAGAAAGCAUCGAUCGCUGAAGGGGAUUACUCUACAUCCAAAAAGGUUUCUAUAUUAAAGGAUGAGAACUUAAAAUUUCCUUCACCUGCGACAUCACUGACAUUGGAUGAAAGAUUUUCUGAAUACUCAAACUCUGGUACAUUUAAACUCACUGGGGAAACCUUGAAUAUUAGCAGUGGAGUGUUACCUACACAGCAAUAAUUUAUUACUUGUGUUUUUUUGGUUGAGUUAAAUUUAUUUUCAGUUUUGUUCUUCAUUUCAUUCAUUUUUCUUAAGAAGACUUCAUUGGUAAAGAUAUGAACAGCUUGUUUCAAAAGAUGCAGGUUCCUUUUAUUUAUUAUUUGUGUCUUCUGGAUAAGGGAAAUUGACCUUUAGUUUUGUUCUUCAAUAUAUUAAUUUUUCUAAAAUUAUGAACAGUAAGUUUCAAAAGGAUGCAGCUUCCAUUACAUUCAGAAUUUUAAAAGACAGACAUUUUAUAAAGAUAUGAUUAUUUAAAUGUACAGAUCAAGAGAGUGAACACAUUUUGGGAAACACAAGCUGCAGAAGAGCCACAUCUCAUAAAAAUUUCUUGAGGAUGAUUUGGGAGGCAAGAAAUGUGGUUAAUAACAGGCACUUAAUCUAUCCUGAAUUAUUAAAGACUGAAUUAUUAAA